ACAUUGGAAGUUUCCGGUGUCAUAUCAAAAUGGAAGGCAAUCGAGAUGAAAGUGAGCGGUGUUAUCAUCUCGCAAAGAAGUAUUUAUCACUCGGAGACCUUGAAAAAACAAAGAAAUUUCUUAAUAAAGCUGAGCGUUUAUAUCCAACACAAAAGGCAAAAGAUUUGUUAGACAGACUUGAGUCAAUGUCCGAUAAUGAUUGCAAGCAGGAGGACAAAGAAAACAGAGAACCUCAGAACGAUGGAGUUCGACACAGACGAGGAAGCUUCGGAAGGGAUUCAGCCAAGGGCCAGACAGAAGAGACAGGUGUCAAAGACUACACCGAUGAACAGUUGACCUUGGUUCGCAGAAUUAAAAAGUGCAAGGAUUAUUAUGAAAUUCUUGGAGUUGAGAAAACUGCAACAGAAAUAGAACUUAAAAAGGCUUACAGAAAAUUAGCGUUACAGAUGCAUCCAGACAAAAAUAAGGCACCUGGUGCAACAGAAGCAUUCAAAGCAAUUGGAAACGCCUUUGCGGUAUUGAGUGAUGAAGGAAAGCGGAAGAAAUAUGAUACGUUUGGUCCUGAAAUGGAAACCAACCACAGACAAAGUGCAUACAGAAAUGAAUUUGAAGCUGACAUUUCUCCCGAGGAGUUGUUCAACAUGUUCUUUGGAGGAGGGUUCCCCUCUUCAAAUGUGUACACACACCACCACACACACAGAACUCGACAACAUCGUCAUUUUCACAGAAGUGAAAAUGUGUCCACUGAUUCUGGCUUCACGUUAUUGCUGCAGCUGUCCCCCAUCCUCCUCCUAGUCUUUCUCUCGCUGUUGUCCAGUUGGUUCAUUAACGAUCCUGUAUAUAGCCUUCACAGAUCGGGCAAAUAUGAUACAGAGAGAACUACAUCAAAUUUACGAGUGAAAUAUUAUGUGAGGAAUGACUUUAAAGUGGAUUUCAAAGGUGAUUUAAGGAGGAUAGAAAGAAACGUAGAGGAGGAAUAUAUUUCUAACCUCAGGCAAAAUUGUUGGAGAGAGAGAAGUUAUAAAGAAAACUUGUUAUGGAGAGCAAGGAAUCAUGCUGAUGCCAGGUUAUAUGAAAGGGCGCAGAACCACCCAACGCCCUCCUGUGACAGGCUUCAGUCUAUAUAUGCAUAAGUUAUUUAUAGCUUUCCGUUGUACGUUUGUGAUCUAUGGGGGAAGAUUGAAGUUUUGUUUUUAGACUGUGUUAGUUAUUAUAAGGAGCGAGAGGAAACACUUGUCGACUUCUUACCAUUGUUUGGGUUCUCUACCUGAAAAUUCCUUAAAGUUUCGAAAAUCAAGAAAUGUGUGUCAGGUAAACCAGUCAACAAGUUCUAGGUCAACUGGCCAUAAAACUUUGACAAGCUCACUUUCGAUCUCGGUCUCACUUUUAUAGAAGAGACAUAUACAUGUAUAGUGAGAAAGUGAAACUUGGAUCAGAAGUGAGCCCAGUUUAGGUUAAUGGCCCUGGAGCCUCAUUUGGAAUGCUGUGCAUUCUGAUGUGAUUAUACCUCCCGCAACAAGUUGUGGGGGGGGUAUACUGGAAUCGGGUUGUCUGUCCGUAGACGCAAUGGUUUCCGGACUCUAAAGCAUUAUCCUUUCCACCUACCGUCACCAUAUCAUACAUAUGGACUACCCAUGGGAUGAAGAUGUUCCCUAUCGAUUUUGGGGUCAAAAGGUCAAAGGUCAAGCGCACUGGACAUCGAAGAAGCAAUAUGGUUUCCGGGCUCUAAAGUGUUAUCCUUUCCACCUACAGUCACCAUAUCAUACAUAUGGACUACCCAUGGGAUGAAGAUGUUCCCUAUUGAUUUUGGGGUCAAAAGGUCAAAGGUCAUGCGCACUGGACAUCGAAGUAGCAAUAUGGUUUCCGGGCUCUAAAGCGUUAUCCUUUCCACCUACAGUCACCAUAUCAUACAUAUGGACUACCCAUGGGAUGAAGAUGUUCCCUAUCGAUUUUGGGGUCAAAAGGUCACGCGCACUGGACAUCGAAGUAGCAAUAUGGUUCGGUUUGUCAUGCCAUUUGUUUUUUAUACUCAGAAAAGAGGUAGUUUAUACCUAUUACCAACACCCUUUGGGAGAUUGGGGUAAGCGGGGGGUAUUCUUAGUGAGCAUUGCUCACAGUACCUCUUGUUUUAUUUGACGUAAGUUGCCACUUCAUACUGUCUCUAGGAGAGAGGCGGAGUAAUUAUUGUUCAUGAUGAAUAUUAUCGUUACUGAAUAUUAAUGCGUACAUCACAUUUUGUGUAAAAAUUUUGUCUGCAACUCAUAAAACUGUGAUGCACAAGAAACGGAUGUUUUAUGAGGAUGUAAUGUUCCACUUACACUCUUAGCUCUAUGUGUUUUAUAAAGUUUGAAAAUUUAGUUGAAUUUUCUUAUAAAAUAUAGUGAUUAUAAUAUAUUGCGUGUAUGUAUGCUGUUGUUUAUUUUAAGAAAUAUGCCAAGAAAAGUGGUAGACAUAGAUUUAACAAUUUUGUUUAAGCUACAACAAAGCAGAAACUUUAAGUAACGUCAAGAUGUUCCGCUAGAAUUUUUUGCAUUCCUUUUAUUUCUACCUAUUCAGUGCAGGUUGCAUUGUACAUGUACAUUUAUUGUCAAGAAAUGUCCUUGAUUCAUAAAACACUGUGCAAUCAAUUUAAGGAUAUUGUAAGAAUAGAUUGAAGUUUGUGUGUACUGAGUGCCAACUGGGGGGGGGGGGGGGGGGGGGGGGGGGGGGGGGGGGGGGGGGGGUGAAAGUGACGAACAAAUGAUGCAAUAUUGAUGAAACACAUUGUACCAUGUGAACGUGCGUGUAUUUGUCCAAGUAAAUUGUAAUAUGCAUAUUAUAUUAAUGCUUCAGCAUCUUGUGCAUAGUAGUGAAAAUAGUUUGGGUUUCUUUUUUCUUGUGUACAAAAAGAAUCGUAAAUUUUUGAAAAUACCUCAGGUACACUGUGUAGUUUGGUUUGGAUCUGCUGUGCUGAAACCAGUUUGACCCGAUUCCAUGUAACAAGUAGAAUACCAAGAAAGUCCAUAGUACUGUAUGCUGUCGAUCCAUGUCUGUUUUAAAUUUGUCAAACUUUGAGAUGUUCUGGGUUUGUUCCUAACAUGUAACACCCCAAAUACAUGUAACUACUCUUUAAAACCAUCAUUUAAAGUUGUAAACUACUUAAAGAAUAGAUUUUUAUUCUCCAUUCAUGUUACAAUUCUAAAUAUAGAACUACUUUGAACAUGGUCUCCGGUUGUUGUACAUUCAUUGAGAAGUUUAUAAGUGUAUGUUGAUACAUAAAGUCAAAUCUUUACUGUCGGAAGUUUGUUUUUCAUAUCAAAAACAAAGAAAGAAAAUACAUGCAGUAAUCAAAAUAUCCCAAGGAAAUAAAAUGAGUAUUUGAAAUUUUUUUCAUGUGUUACAGAAAACAAACUUAUGAUUUACAUGCAAACUGCAGUGUUUUUGAAACAUGUACCCUGCUUAUGUUUACGAGAACCUGGUUGUUGCAAUUAUUUCGUCGUGAAACGGUCCUAUAAUGUUAAAGAUUAUCUUGGUCAUCAAAAUUUGUUGCCGCAAAAUAAAGUUGUCACAAAUAAAUGUUGGUUUACUGUAAAUACAGCAUAUGUAAUAAACUUUCCAAACGACAAGGGCGAGGGAUGGGCGGUUUUAAUGACUGCGUGUUUCGAUUGGUCGAUACGGAUAAUUUUGAAACCGGUAAAUGUAUAUAUUUCAGACAUUCAUUUCAUUUUGUUGGAGAUUUUUGGGUCAGUUAAUUGACAUACAAUUUUUUGCUUUGUUUUACGUUGAUUUGAAACAAACUUGACAGGACAGGUUUGAUUUAUGUGUCGAGAUACACACAUGGCCGACAGGACAGGUUUGAUUUGUGUCGAGAUACACACAUGGCCGACAGGACAGGUUUGAUUUAUGUGUCGAGAUACACACGUGACCUUCUCUGUCAGUGAGCAACAACCUGUGACCAAACCCGUAGUGAUUAUAUCUGGAAUUGUGUAACAUUUAAUGUGGUGGCCACGGUCUCGCAUAUAUACAUACUUUUAAAUGUUCAUAACUUUGAAUGAUAGCUUUAAUCAGACCAACUGUUGUCGUGUUUUAGUUUAAAUUAUUUUAUUUAAUCAGUUGCCAAGUAAGAUGUUGUAUAUAUAACACAUGAAAUAGCAUUGAGCAUAUUUCAUACCAGAGGUACAUGUGAAUUCCUGUAUAUAGUGAUGUAAAACUCAGACAGUUGACAAUUGUUGUGUUUAUUAAACUUUAUUUGUAUCACAUAUUUAAAUAAAAUCAGAUCUCUUCAUUA